AUGGGCCGAGCAUUUCCGAGGCGUCCUCAACCGCCCCUCCGUCAUCUCCGACGCCGCCAUCGCCCGCUUGCCGUAAGUGAAGACCAACGUGGACCUCGACCUCCCGCCAUCUCUCCAGGAGACCAUCAGGGCCGUGCAGCAGCUCUCCAGCGGGAAAGCACCCGGAUCGGACGCAAUCCCUGCUGAGGUCUACAGGCACGGAGGUCCCCUACUGAUGGAUCACCUGACUUUGCUCUUCCAGGAGAUGUGGCGUCAAGGUGAAGUCCCGCAAGACUUCAAAGACGCAACCAUCGUGCAUCUCUACAAGCGCAAAGGGAGUCGCCAAGUCUGCGACAAUCACCGUGGCAUCUCUUUGCUAAACAUUGCCGGGAUGAUCUUCGCUCGCAUUCUUCUCAACCGCCUCAAUAACCAUCUGGAACAGGGCCUUCUGCCGGAAAGCCAAUGCGGCUUCCGUCGUCAUCGUGGGACCACGGAUAUGAUCUUCGCCGCCCGUCAACUUCAGGAGAAGUGUCAGGAGAUGCGGACUCACCUGCACUCUACCUUCGUGGACCUAACGAAAGCCUUCGACACGGUGAAUCGUGAAGGACUGUGGAAGAUCAUGCAAAAAUUCGGCUGUCCGGAGCGAUUCACUCAGAUGGUGCGUCAGCUGCACGACGGUAUGAUGGCGCGAUUCACGGACAACGGUUCCGUCUCAGAGGCAUUCGCAAUGACCAACGGAGUGAAGCAGGGAUGCGUGCUGGCACCAACCCUCUUCAGUCUUAUGUUCUCUGCCAUGCUGAUGGACGCCUAUUGCGACGAACGCCCCGGGAUCCGCAUCGCCUAUAGGACAGACGGUCACCUGCUGAAUCAACGGCGGAUGCACUUCCAAACGCGCGUAUCCACAACCACCGUUCACGAACUCCUCUUCGCCGACGACUGCGCCCUGAACACCACCUCGGAAGAGGAGAUGCAACGGAGCAUGGACCUGUUCUCCGCCGCCUGCGAGAACUUCGGUCUGGUCAUUAACACGCAGCAGACGGUGGUGAUGCACCAACCGCCAACCAACUCAGCCACAGGCCCCAAUGCGCCGCCGCAAAUCAGCGUGAACGGAACCAAACUGCAAGUGGUGGAGAACUUCCCGUACCUGGGCAGUACCCUCUCCCGCAACACCAAGAUCGACGACGAAGUCGCCAACAGGAUCUCGAAAGCCAGUCAAGCCUUCGGUCGCCUCCAAAGCACAGUUUGGAAUCGCCACGGUCUUCAGCUGAGCACGAGGCUAAAGAUGUACAAGGCCGUCAUCCUGCCGACACGACUGUAUGGAGCGGAGACUUGGACGGUGUAUACAAAGCAGGCACGCCGACUGAACCAUUACCACCUUAAUUGUCUUCGUCGCAUCCUGAGGCUGAACUGGCAGGAUCGAAUCCCCAACACGGAAGUACUGGAACGAAGGGGAAUCCUCAGCAUCUACGCCAUACUGAGACAAAUGCAGCUGCGCAGGAGCGGCCACCUGGUGCGCAUGGACGACGAGCGACUACCAAAACGGCUCUUCUACGGAGACGUCGCGACGGGUUCUCGCCGUCAAGGAGGCCAAAUUCGCCGUUACAAGGAUACCCUGAAGUCCUCCCUGAAACGCCUGCAAAUCAACCCGACCAACUGGGAAGAGCUCGCACUCGAUCGACCGACCUGGAGGAGGACAGUGAAGACAGGCGCUGCGAUCUACGAAGCCAAUCACAUCGCUGCCGCCAAGGCGAAACGCGAAGCCCGCAAAUCCCGACUUCGCCCAGUACGCAACUCCGCCGCACAACCGCUUCCAACGUGUCCUCGAUGUCAACGGAGAUUCCGGGCUCGAAUCGGACUUGUUGGACGCCUUCGGAUCAACUACGCCUCUCGAAUUGCACCAACCAUCGUCCCCCGCCCGCCUCUUCCUCCCCUCCGCCGCCAACUAAAUCUGACAACUCUUCUGAACCACCACUUCCAUCCUUCUCCUCCUCCACUGCUCCCACGACGGCCGCUCAGGCGACUGUCCCGCGCGCAACAAUCGACACCAUCAGCACCUCCUCCGACUCCAGCGAUGAGGAUCAGGACUACACCUGCCCUCACUGCGACCGCACCUUCACCUCACACAUCGGCCUGGUCGGUCACUUGCGAAUCCAUCGCACAGAGACUGGCGAACCAGUGCCUGGAGCACCCACCUAUACCCACCAAGCUCGUCUCAACUGCCCACACUGUCCUCGCACUUUCAGGCAUCGCAUGGGCCUAUUCGGCCAAAUGCGCAUCCACGAGAGCGGCAUUGACCGCACUCCUGACACACCCACCACAUCCAACACAUCCACCAUGCCCAGCCCCACCCUCGCUCCAUCCGUCUGCACCACCACCACCACAACCACCACCACCACCACCACCAUCACCGCCUCCUCUGUAGCUGACACUGACACCGCCGACUUCUCAUGCCCACACUGUCCACGCACAUUCACCUCACGCAUCGGCCUGGUCGGUCACUUGCGAAUCCAUCGCACAGAGACUGGCGAACCAGUGCCUGGAGCACCAACCUACACCCACCGCACUCGCCUCCACUGCCCACACUGCCCUCGCACCUUCACGCAUCGCAUGGGUCUAUUCGGCCACAUGCGCAUCCACGACGACCUGCGGUAG